AUGAUAUUCAUCAAACCCGUUUCUAUUCUUACUUUUGCUAUAAUUACAGCAAAAGCCCAACAGCCGAAAACAUUGGCACGUGAUGAUUAUAUCGGAUGUCCCGAAAAUAACGAUUUCUAUUAUUCGGGCCAAAUCAAUUCGCCGUUUUAUCCGAAAAACUAUCCGCCCAAUGAUAAAUGCUUCUAUUUUGUGCACGCCGAACCUGGAAAAGUUCUAGAAUUCAAAUUCAAUCAUUGGGACCUUGAAUCAUGUUGUGAUUACGUCACUAUUUACGAUGGACCAACCACUUCAAGUCCAGUUUUGGUUCAAAUCGGAGGUCCUGGAGCAAAUGUGACAACACCUGCUAGCGUAUAUCAUUCUUCCACACGAUUUGCCGUCAUCACUUUCAUUUCGAAUCCGACAAUCCAAAAAUCGGGAUUCUCGUUGCAAUAUUCGUCUGUGAAUACUGCAACUCCCUGCAAUCGCGACAUUUUCCUUUUGAUCAACAGCCUCGCAAACGUCGGAAGUGAAGCCAAUUUCAAUAAAGAGCUGCGUUUUUUCGCGAAUUCGCUAACACCUACUUGGAAUGUUGCUAUGGACAAGGUUCGAGUUAUGAUGAAUCUUCAGACUGACAUUGACUACGCGAUUGUCUGGUCAGCCGAUAUGGUCCCGACAAAUGCGAAGGUGACCUCGGAGAUCUUGGGAAUGUCCAAAUAUGUGCCAAAUGUGAAUGACGAUUCUCAUCAGGAUCUCGAAUGUUUGAUGCGCUACACGUACGAUGGAAUGGGUACCUUUGGUGAGAAGGAGCUCGAUGAAAGAUACGGAAUUGAGCAAGUUGCUAUCGUAUUCGUUGCCGGAGAUGCCAACAACCAACAAGAUUAUAACGAGGCGUUCGAGUUUGCCCACAAAACAAGAACCGAAAUGGAUACGAAAAUAAUCAUAAUUGGUGUUGGAAAUGUGAAUCAAACUGCCUUGUCGAAACUGGCAUAUGCCCAAGGAUUCGCAUUUUUCGCCAACGACUAUAACAGUCUUCCUUCGCUGGUCCCACAAAUCAAUAAAGCCAUUUGUGCUGGACUCAAUUCUCAGUGUGGUCCAUAA